AUGAGCGACCUCGGCAAGACGCUCGCGGCGAAGAAAGAGAGCUUCGACGCGUGGCUCAAGGCGCAGUCCGACCCGGUCGAGGUCGGGAUCACGGCCGCGGGCGGUGCGCUGCAAGGCUCGGUGCUGGGCUACGGCUUGGGGAUGAUGAACAAGUCGCUCGAGGCGCAGGCGGCGACGAUGCCGAAUAAACCCCCGAUGGCGGCGCAAGGAUCGUUUAGUGGACCGCCCAAGGUGCUCGCGUUGAACUUGGCGGUGUUCUCCGCGGUGCAGGGUGGAUUGACGCUGGCGAUUAAAAAGUACCGCGGCGGCGUGGAGGAUAUUCAAGGCUCCAUGAUGGCGAUGUUCGGCGCGGGGAGCGCGUUGAGCCUCGUCGGCGCGGCGACGGGGUCGUCCACGGGGGCGAUGGGCGGGGAAGCGCCGAAGGACGCGGCUGGCGUGGCGACGGAUGCGGUGCGCACCGGUGCGUUAUUUGCGCUGUUGAAUGGGGCGUUCAUGAAGGUUGGACAAAUGUUUAGCGGGAAGGACGCGGCGCAGGAUCACUACUACGCGCACGCGAAUAACAUGCUCGCGACGCUCGGGUUGGAAAAGUAUGAAAAGAACUUUCGGAAAGGGCUGUUGACGGAUGACACGCUGUUGUUGCUGAACGACAGCGCGUUGCAAGAAGUGCGGAUUCCUCCUGGCCCAAGAUUGAAAAUCUUAAACUACGUCGACGCCACGCGAGCCUCCAUGGCGCGCCAGCACGCCGAGGCUUUGUCGCUCGCCAACUCGACGCAAGAUGCGCCGAUCAAGUGA